CUGGAACCUUGAAGUCCAUCUCCUGAUCUUCUUUCCUUCAUCGAUUUGCCACACGAAACAAACGGAACCACAAAUCAUGGACCCAGCGAACGGGAACGCAAAUGGCAAUUCGCCCAACACCUUCCGCGUCCUAGUGACAGGCGCAAAUAGCGGUCUCGGCUUCGCCCUCUGCUGCCGCCUCAUGGACGAAUUCCUCUACACAAGACCCCAAACCCAAACUCUCCAUCUCCUCUUCUCAACCCGCUCUUCCAAAAAAUCCACAGAAACUUCUCAACGUUUAAAAUCUCAUCUGCAAAACACACUCCGCGAAGCCAAUGGAAAGACACUCGGGAUUUCUAUUAUUCUGGAAUCGAGGAUCAGAAUCGAAGGUGUUCAAGUCGAUUUAUUGAAAUUGGGGAGUGUGAAGAUUUUGGCGGAGGAGUUGUUGAGUAGAGGCGAGAAAUUUGAUGCUGUGGUUUGGAAUGCGGGGGUUGCGGGGUGGAAGGGGAUUAAUUGGUUUGGGGCGAUUUGGAGUGUUUUGACGCAGUUGGGGCAGGCUGUUACGUUUCCGGAUUAUAUGGUUUGUGAUGUGGGGAAGAGGGCUGGGAGGCAGGUGCAGAAACAGAAAGAAGCUGAGGGGUUGGAUGCAGGAGGUGAGGAGGAGGAAGAGGAGCCGGUUUUGGGGGAAGUUUUUACGGCGAAUGUUUUUGGGCAUUAUAUGCUUACGCACUGGAUUUCGCCGCUUCUGGAUCGGAGUUCGAGGGUUGUGUGGAUUUCGAGUACGGGUGCUGUGCAUGAUGCUUUUCAGGUGGAGGAUAUUCAGGGAUUGAAGUCUUUGGUGGCGUAUGAGUCUUCGAAGAGGUUGACGGAGUUUUUGGCGCUUACGGCGGAGUUGCCUUCGACGAGGCCAUACACGAAGAACUUCUUCUCUGGAACAUCGCAGGGAGCAGAAAACCGGCAACCGAGGAUGCUCGUCACUCACCCAGGUGUGGUCGCCACAUCGAUUUCCGGACUUCACUGGUUUUUGAGUAUCUUCAUGACCUUGGCAUUCUACCUCGCACGAAUUCUUGGAUCGCCAUGGCACGCUAUCGGUCCUUACAAAGGAGCAGUCAGCAUGGUUUUCGCAGUCUUAUCUCCUCAGAUCAUUGAGCUUGAGGAGCGUGAAGGGAAAGGUAAAUGGGGUUCUGCAGCAAACAACAGAGGUGAGGAGAGGGUUGCGCGUACGGAAGUAGAGGGUUGGGGAUAUUGCGGGAAACCUGGAGUCGUGCCUCCAGGUAGCGCUACGACUGGGCUGUAUGCGAAGCGAAGGGAGACGACAAAAGAAAGCAGAGAAGAGUUCGAAGAGAUUGGACGGCAGGUGUGGAAGGAGAUGGAGGCGAUGAGAGUUGAUUGGGAGAGAAGGCUUGGGCCGCUUGACGUGAAGAGGGCUUCAUAG